AUGGCACCUUCUCUGAAGCUAAUAUGGAUGGUCUCCCAGAUGUUCCAGGAUCCCAAAUAUUAUGCAAAUUUUGCGGGCGUCAAUAUUCCAGAAAUGAUGCUCUUCGACGACACUAUCGGAGCUGUUCUCAACUUCGACGCCAGAUUGGUCCAGCGCCAGACACUUCUGGUCGCCGGCGCAAGGCAUCGUCUCGGAACUCAACAACAAGUUAUCAAUAACUCCACUGGCGUUUUGGUGAAUAGCCGUGCCAAAUCCGCUCAGCGGGUUGGCGUCCGUACCCGCCGUGAUAGGGACAAAAAGGUAUCGCUUCCCUUUUUGCUUAAUUACUCGGCGACGAGUGAUCGUCAUCCUGGGGAUGUUAACCACGUCUUGACUCAACUGGCGUCUACGGAAGGCAAUGAAGGGGCAAAAGAUACAUCCCUUCCAAGUCUUCAUCUUGAUGGAGAAAAGAAUGGUUUUUUUGCCGAGGAUUCGUGGAAUUUGUUCUUUGAGACUUUCCAGGAUGCUGAGACACAGCAAAUAGUGCCUUUGCCGCUGGGGUUGGACGAUCAAGAAAGGAGAUCUCUUGCUGCGGAGCGAAUUCUGCAAUGCAUAUUGGAAACGACAGCCGCAAAUCCAGGUCUUGGAGAGGAUUUGGAUAUUGAGCGCGCUCAAGAAUUCUUUCAAGAGGAAAACAUUCUCAGCUCGAUUCUGGCUUACUUUGACAACACGGUCCGUCCUCGUUGUCGCAUUGUCUUGAAGUCUACUUUCAACCUAGACUUGACCUCCCCAGGAUUACUCUUAUCCAUGAUCCUUAUGGGCGCAAUUUGCGGUAUGUCGGAGGACAUUAAAUUGAAAUCUGUGGAAUACCUCGACAUGGCUGAAUUUGCUGUCUUCGAGAGCCAAUGUUUUCAUGAUCUUGUUCACGGGAUUCGCCAAGGGGAGAGCGUAUCCCUGCCCAGGAAAAGUGUGGAGAUCAUCCAAGCGGCCAUACUUGUGAUUCUCCUACAGAUUUCCAGCCCCAACCCCACCGCUAGGCGAAGAAUUCGUAUUCAGCGUUAUCCUGCCUUGGUAUCUGCUGCCCGGACUACGGGACUAACAAAAGUCAAAAAUCAGUGGCAUGAUUCCAGUAUACUGAAUUAUGAGCAAUUUAUCAGAAACGAGAUCUGCAUCAGGUUAGAAGAGCCCCUCAAUUGCCAGUCGCACAGAUCGCUGCAACGAAUCACUGACAUGGGUACAGAAUGA